UCAUUGUAAAAUCAAUACAUUCAUCGUUCCACUCAGAAUCUAAAAUUAAAUAUAUUUAUCAUUGUUAUUGGCUAUUUCAAGUGGUGUGAAAGCAGUAAACACUUAUGUAAGUAUACCUAAAUGGUACCGCAUUAUAUUAGUAUAAUAUUAAUAUAGAAUUCUGAAUUUGUAUACGAUAUUAAAAGUUCGAGGUUAUACUUGUAUACAUUAUUUAUAAUUGUUAUUUGUCUAACACUAAUCACCCCAUCCCUAUAAAAGAUGGCGGAAUUUCCUAAGUGCUCCGGGCACUAAAGUCAGCACUGCAAAAUAGAUAAAAUAUAAUCAGUAUUUUUUUUAUAGUAAUUUAUCAGGAUAGGUGUAUAGUGUAGGUAUGUUAUAUAAAAAAAAUGCAGUGAAUUUAAAACUAAUUGUUUUAAAUUUUUUCGUAAUCCCACUAAAUCGACGAUUUCGCGGCGCCGCCUAUUCGAUUAAUGAUAAUAAUUAUUAGCGGGUUGCGCGAAGGCGGCAGCGAUGUUGUACCUAUAUAAUGUUGUUUGGUAACAAAACAAUAAUAUAACAUUUUAAUGGGUUUUUGCUGCUUUCUGGUUUUCUCGCAACCUCUGUCGCAGGAAAACAUCUCGCGGCGGGAAAUAUGUUCACGAUGCGUACACACAGACCUAGAUAUACAAUAUUAUGUACUGUGAGCGAGUCCGAUCGAUUCGUCUCGGGGAAAACUCGACCGGAUGAUAGGUAUAGGUAUAGUUAUAUGAAAAGCGUUUGGCGAGCGACGUUCACACCCAGACGGGCCCGAGACAGACCGAAACGGGAGCGGGACACGACGUCGGGCUGCAGUUUAAUAUAUUAUAAUAUUGUAAUCGUUUUAAUUAUUGAAAUACACGUCCGAAGACUUAGCCAGUGGGGGUAUAUCUAUGUAGAAGUAUAUACGCUUUUAAUUAUUGACCUGAGCCACCAAUAAAAUAUAUAUACUACAUAAAAUGUAUAUGGAAUAUGACGUAAAAAAACAAAACGGCACAAGCAAGAGUAAAACGCGAAGAAGAAAACUGGCACGUCCGGCAGUAGGGAGCGGUGUUUUUUUUUUAUAAGUAAAUUCGGAUCAGCUCAGUAGUGGCGGUCGCGUUCCAUUAGUUCCAAUUAAGUCGUUUCGCGCCCCUGCGGAGGUGCAGUACGCAGCGUUUCUGUCGCGGCAACUAACAGGACCAGUUGGCAGUCUACAGCAGUCGGUACGCGAACAUGGCUAACGAGAAAUCACUCAAAGAGUCCCUGCUGGCCGCGUCGCCGUUCCUGAUCAAAGUCGUGGAAAUCAUACUGGGAUUGACCAGCAUCUGUCUGAUCAUCAGUCCAUACUCGUCGAGACUGCACACCAGCACUGGUAGAGCGGGUUUCGUGUACUCGGCCCUAUCCGGUGCCAUCCUGGUCGACCUUCUCAUAGUGGUCAGCCAUUUCUUACAACAAAAGAUACCGAAAAAGCCGAGUUUAAUUGUGUCGUGCUGGUACGGCGUAAUGCUGGCCAUAGCCGCCGGCAUCAUAUUCUCUGAUUGGAGAGCGCUCCAAUUCGCCCUCCAAGUGCGUCCAUCAAAGAACCGGAUGGACCUGAUGAUAUCUUCGGCUAUUACAGCCACGCUGACGUCCAUCACAUUUUUUGCCGACUUUGUGUUGACGUUCAGGUACGGAUGAAACCACAAAAAAGUAUACGAGUGGUGCCUACCUUACCUUGUAUACUCUGGCACAGGAUAUUAACUAGAAUCAGCUAGCUUUUCUUUUCAUGAUCAUUAUUUUACUUUUCAUCGAACGCCUCCAAAAAUCCACGGUUAUUUUUUAUAUCAUAAUAUACACUUUUUUCACGUAAAUUGCACUUUUUUUUUAUUAAUGAUAAUAUAUGACGAAUCCAAUAUUGUAACUUAAAGUCUAGCAACACUACGGUUCGCAGAUAAUGGGUAAUACAUAUUAUUAUUACAAUUCUACAUAAUAUCUAUAAUAUACAUUAUGUUAUAUGCGAUAAAUACGUCUAGGGUCCGGUAGUUAAUACACUGAUAGGUACUGCCUAAAAACACAUUUAUGAAAUUAUAAGACAAAAUUGUUUUUAAAUUUUAAACCAAUCUGUAAACCAACCUCAAUUAUCAAAUACAUAUAGUUAUGUCUUAGGCAUUUGGUAGGUACUUAUACAAAUUUUUGAUUUAUUGUAACUAUACUUCAUUAUGUAUUCAUAGAGAAUUUUGUCUAAAUGCGAUCAACUGGCAUAAUAUAUAGCACUAGUAUAGUUCUAACAAUAAUUAAAAGUACAACUUGCUUUGUGAAAAAUUAAACUACCUAUGUAUCAUAAGCUUUCAAAACUGAAAUUGGUAACCUUAGAAUUUUAAUCUACGAAGUACAAAAAAUGUCAUCAAUAUUUUCCUAAAAACUAUAAGAUUAAAUUGUAGGUACCUAUAUUAUAUUAGUACUAUCAAGCUAUGAUUCAAAUUUUUACCAAAUUAAUCUAGAUAUUUUAAUGACCAUUAAACCAUGUUUCGUAAAUACAUACAAUUGACUUCCUGACCCUUGUGAUAACCCCGUAAUUAUAUCUAACUUGCGUACAUUUCUAUAUUAUUUACACUUUAAGCUAUGUCAUACAUGUUAACUAUAUUUGUAAGUGGUAUAUUUUUUUUACUAACUAUUUAUAUACAAUCAAUA